AUGGCGACGACCGUUGGCGACUGGGCUGUCGUCGAGGACGCGGACGUCGGGACGUACGUUCGCCACUUGGUCACGGGCGAGGUGCGAUGGACGCUACCGCUCGAGAUGCUGCGCACGCAUGGGCUACUGGCGCCGGCCAUCGUCGCGCCGGCGACUGCGACCAACCAAGACGACGAUAACGCCGACGCGCCGCGCACCGGCGAAGAGGACGCCGACGCCAUGGCGCUACCGAAGGAAGACGAAGACAUAGUCUCGCGCUGGAGCCUUCGCGCCAGCAGCCUCGUUUACGAUGACGAGAGCCUCCGUAGCUCGAUCGUGUCGGCAACGCUGGACGACGACAACCGCGGGCUCAAUCAAUUUAGCGCCGUCGCCGAUGGCGGGAUCUUUGAGCGGCCGCACUGCGUGCACGUUAUCCGAUCUCUUCAAGCGUGGCUCCGGGUCCACCACCCGGCGCUCGACGCUCGCACCCAAGCCGGGACGCUGCGCUUUCCCAUGUUUCCGUGCCGAUACAGCGGUUCACGUCACGUGAUGCGCGUUCUUGUCACGCGACCAGGCGCGACCUCGAGCGUUCUCUACGAAGGCGACGAAGCCAACACAGUGCGAGAAGUGCUAACAUAUGCACGUAGUCGGUUGUAUGUCGAUGCAAAGGCCGUCGAUGGGGCCUUCGUGCUCAAGGUCACAGGCCGCAACGAGUACCUCCUCGACGAGACGCGGCCGCUCGGGGCUUUUGCACAUUUGCACGCCAGCGCUCGUAACAAGGCGACGGCCAAACUCACGCUUCUCGAGCUCUCAGCCGCGGACGCCGAGCUCAAGCGAGACACGCUCCAGUCGCUGGAUCGAUCGCUGCCGUGUAUUUCGUUUGGCAAGCAAGUACCUCGCGCCGUAUCGCGCCUCGACACGGCGACUGUGGCCUGGCCUUUUCGCAUCAAGAUGGUUGAGCUUGCCCAUUUACCCGAGGACGGCCGCAUGAGCCACCUCGUCGUGGCCGUUGGUCUCUGGGCAGGCCCGUUGACGCGUCUGGAUGCUGCCGAGAGCUACAUCUCGUCGCCUUCCAUUAACAACUAUGAGGUGCUCGAGACGCCUCCGAUUCCCUUCACUGCCGACCGACUCCACUGGUCCACCAACGGUGGCUGGCUCACGAGCUCGGUCGUUUCGUACAAGUCGCUACCAGCGAGUGCACGGCUAAGUCUCACUGUCUACGGUAUUCUCAAGGAAAAGGAGGGUAUCGACGGCACCGCGCGACGGGUGGCGUUGGCCGCUGCGUGGCGACCGCUCUUCGAGUCGAGUGAUCACUGUCUGCACGGCGGCCGUCACACCCUCUCGCUCUGGCCCUGCUCCAUGACGCCGCAGGGCUUUGAGAACGGCGAACUGCCUCUGGGGUUUCCAACGACGCCGAAUCCGUCGUGCCGCCACGGCGUGCUCACGUACGAGCUCGAUGCAUUUGAGAAGCCGCUCCAGCUCGUGGAAGCGCGCAGCGACCCGGGAAAGCUGCACGCCUCAGCGCGAUCGCAGUCGAGUGCGUCGAUCGAUGCGACGCUGGCCGCACUGGAGCACGUCGAUGUACUGCAUACGCUGACGCAGCGAGAAAAGACCGUGCUCUGGCAGGCGCGCCACCAGUGUGCAACGACGCCGGCCCUGCUGCCUGUGUUUUUGCGGGCCAUCAACUGGUCCAACCGCGACGCGAUCGACGAAGCGAGACGCUUGGUUGCGCGAUGGAACUUGGACGACGAUGUGGCGUCGCUCCUCCAAGUACUUGGCCACGAUGUGCCAGACCCGAUGCUGCGAGCGUGGGUUGUCGACCAGCUGCACAAACUGCCCGACGACGUGCUGCAAGAUUACGUUUUGCAGCUCGUUCAGGUGCUCAAGUACGAGGGACAUGUGGACGGCGCGCUGAGCCGCUUCCUCCUCUUCCGGAGUCUCCUAAACCCGGUGCGGAUUGGCCAGCGUGUAUUCUGGCUGCUCAAAACCGAAGCCGACAACUGGCUCCACGCCGAGUCGUAUAGCAUUCUUCUCGCAACGUACGUCUCGCUGCACCCUUCGCACCGCGCCCUUCUCUUUGAGCAAUGCCGCAUCGUCGACCAGCUCGAGUUGAUUGCUCAGCGCGUCAAGCGCACUAACAAAGAUGACCGGCUCGCCUGUCUUGCCCAAGAGCUCGAGUUACUCAACGCGACGCUCGACAAGCCGUUCCACUUGUGUCUCUCGCUGCGGUUCGAGUGCCGCCGCUUCUGUAUCGAGAAAUGCCAAGUCAUGGGCUCGGCGAAGAAACCGCUUUGGCUCACCUUUGAGAAUGCGGAUCCGCUCGGCGACCCGAUCAUGGCCAUCUUCAAGCAUGGCGACGACUUGCGGCAGGACCUCAUGACGCUGCAGCUGCUGCGGUUAUGGGACAAACUGUGGUAUGACCACGGCGUCGACCUGCGUCUCAAGCCGUACUUGUGCCAGUCGAUUGGGUAUCAGCUCGGGAUGAUCGAGGUCGUGCCACACGCCAAAACGACGGCCCAUAUCCACCGUGAUUAUGGACACGUAUAUUUUGGCGCGUGGAUGGCAACCCCGAUUGAGUCGUAUCUCAAGCACGCGGCGGCAGAUGGCGACGCGCUCGCCGACGCGGUCGACCACUUUAUCCGAACGUGCGCCGGGUACUGCGUUGCGACGUAUGUGCUCGGGAUUGGCGACCGGCACAGCGACAACAUCAUGGUCGCGUCCAGCGGACACUUGUUUCACAUUGAUUUCGGGCAUUUUCUGGGCAAUUUCAAAGUCAAAUUUGGCUUUCAGCGCGAGCGCGCGCCGUUCGUGUUGACGCCCGAGAUGGCGUUUGCCAUGCGUGCGUCAUCGAGUGAAGGGCGUUUCGAGCUCUUUGAACGCUACUGCGGCGACGCCUACAACCUCUUGCGGCAGACGCCCGCGCUCUGGGUGGCCCUCUUUGCUCUCAUGGUGCCCGCCCACGUGCCCGAGAUGACGUCGUUUAGCGAUAUCUUGUACCUUCGCGACCAGCUCUCAGUCCAACUCUCGAGUGACGAGGCCGCCGACAAAUUCAAAGCCGAAAUCAAAAAUGCGCUCACGAGUACCUCGCGGCGCGUCGACAACUGGAUGCACAACAUGAAGCACGGCAUCGACUUGUUUGCUUCAUAAUGAAAUGAAGUAUAUACAUG